AUGUCCUCUUACCCCAUCAUCACCAUAGCAGGUCCAUCACGUCUUACAAAGGCUGUCCAGCUGCCGCGAGCAGUCCCUCCUCUUCUUCACUCAUUCCACCCAUGGACCCACUCCUCACGCCGAUCGGCUACCACAUCUUCUUCUGCUGAGUCGGUCAGUGACACUAGAAGCCGUGGUCGAGGCAACAGGGCUGGUCCAGUCCCGAAGUCUCGCCAGGAGUGGGAGAGUGACUUUGCUUCGAUCUUUCAUUCCUCACCUCGUGGUCGGAAGGCUCGUUGGCUAGGUGACAGCGUGCCAUAUCCCGGCAACCCUACCUUCAAACCACCACCGCCCCUUUCCAAUGAACUUCAAGACUCCAUACACGCAGAGCUGCGUACCGGGGCCAAGACGGUCGGACAGAUAGCCGAUAGAUUCAAUGUGAGCAAAGCUCGGAUAGAGGCCAUAAGGAAACUGAAGGGGGUCGAGGAGGAGUACCUACGUCAGGGCAUGCCACUGCAAUACGCUUUCCUUCAAGGCAUGCAACCACUCCUCGGUGUCGCUCCCGCUUUCCGUUCUCCUCGCCGUGCAUCAUCUUCGGUCGAGAACGAAGCCGCUGAGCGAGAGAUGAUCCAGCUCCGUCACGAGGACACGACUGCGACUCUGGAACGUGAAGAAGAGUCUCGUUUCGAAGCAGGUAUCGGCGGAGGAGGCUCCUUCGGUGAUCGAGUGGCCCAGCGAGGGGCUGAGGGUCUGGAGAGAACCGUGUGGGAGUUUAGGGGAGAAGACGAGGUCGUUGAAGCCAUGGCAUCAGAACAAGCUGGACGUCGGGCCGAGGAGGUCGGGAAAGAGUACACAGAUGCGGUGGAUGAAGCUUUGGAGACUUUGACCCCACUGGACCCUGCCAUCACCCAACCUGGCAUCUUCUUCCGUGACACACACCCCAUCCGUACAGCUCUCGCUUUCUGGCAGUUGGCCGAGAAAGAGAUCUCGGAACACGGUCUGGACACAUGCAAUGAUCAGUUAGGUCGAAGUCUUGUCGAAGCGUAUCAUUCCUCUCAGCUGGAAUACUGCGUACCUAAAGGUGUGACUACCCCCUUCCGUCUUACCGCUUCGGUCGAUGUACCCAUCAACGCCAGUGGUCUCCUUCCCGACCAUUGGCGACCUGGAGACCUGGUCCCUCCGACUCACGUGGCCUGUACACCCGUCCAUCGAAACCCUUCCUCCAAGUGGUGGCCUUACCCUGCAGCACCUUGCUUCUCUACCAAUCUCCGAGCGGACGCCGAUGAGAGGAGCAAAUAUCAUGCGGUCGGAUGCGAUUUGACUCCUGAUGGUAUGGCUUUGAAUGAAGAAAUGGGAAGGGAACGGUUCGUGGGAGUGGAUACGACCAUAGAUGGAGAUGACGACCACGGAGAGGCAUGCAGGGAGAGGGUGGAACAUACAUUGGUCAUCAUUGGCAGGCAGGAUCAAUGGAAUCCAUUCCAUGUUGCCGAGGAUCUCAUCACCACUCUCGUCACUAUCUUCAUAGCGGCCCGUACGGAGCCUGCUUUCAUCGAUACCCGAGUACAGCUGGUCUUCAAGGACGAAUUCAGUCUAGAAGGAAACCACUUCACUCCGUUAUGGGAUAGAAUGGGAGCAUGGGCCCCUAGGCGUUUAGCCCUAGACCCUUGGACAGAAGGAGUUUGUUUGACAAAUACUAUCCACAGUGUUGGCGCCGGAGCAUCUUUGUUAUCGGCCAUGGGCGUGGGCCAAAGCAACACCUGCACUUCAUCCAUCACUUGGGCAGCUUCUCACUACUACCGCCAUCUCAUGGGUCUGCAACCGCCUUCAAUCACUCAAUCAAGACCCGGAGGAGGCACGGGUUCCAUCAACGUCCUCUGGCUGUCACGUUCAAAGCUGGAUGCCUACGCAACGAAACACAACGAUCUCGGUCCCUGGCGAGCAAAUCGAGUAUUGACCAAUGAGCCGCAGCUUCUUGAUCGGUUCCGAUCUGGGCUCCAAGACAUGUGUCUGGGUUCAGGCCCGGGAUCCCACAGUCUCUUUGCUAAUCGAGGGUGCAUCUUUCAAGAUGCCCAAGAUAAACCCGAGAGUUGGGGGUCAUCUGCAAAUGAAGACGGACCCGUGAAUGUCCGAUUUGCGACCAUCGACCCUACCGUUCAUUCACUCGAAGAUCAGAUCCAUUUUGUGGGCCAUACAACCAUCAUGAUCUCAUCUCAUGGAGGUGCCAUGGGUCUGUCCCUGUUCCUCCCACCUGGAUUGGGAGCCAUGAUUGAGUUGCAGGUGAUAGAAGUCAGGGGAAAUUAUCAUUUCGAGCACAUGGCUGCUCAAACGGGACAUGGUUAUGAGAGGGUGGAGAUCGAUCGGAGGGUGGACGUGGAACAUGUCUGGGACAGGCUGAGGUAUUGGGUGGAACUGGUGGUGAAAGAUCUAGGCCUGGAAUAGAAUUAAAAUUGCAGAAUCGCUUUAUCUGGCGGGACAUUUGUUGAGAUGGACAUACAUGCGUACAUUGAGUAUCUGGACUGUGAUACCAUAGACGAUGUGUUGUACACUACAUGGAAUCAGUCAAAGG